AUGUCGUCCACUCCUCGUGGGGGCAAAUCCUCAUCAACGAAUGCCCUCAAACGCCUCACUCACGAACUUCAAGACCUCCAGUCGUCCCCCAACGAAGCAGUCCUUCACCUCGGCCCGGUCAACGAGGAAGACCUGUUCCAAUGGGAAGCUGUCCUCAAGGGUCCUCGAGACCCCGCCUCUCCAUAUCACGGUGGCUUAUGGCUUCUUUCCAUCACCGUGCCGCCUACCUACCCAUUCGCCCCUCCCAAGGUCCAGUUCGUCACACCCAUAUGCCAUCCGAACGUGCAUUUCUCCACGGGCGAGAUCUGCCUGACACUGUUGAGUGGGGAGCACUGGGCACCGUCGUACACGUUGAGCACAACCAUGGGCGCGAUUCAACAGCUGCUCAUUUCUCCGGGAUUGGACAGCCCCCUGAACGUGGAUAUCGCGAAUCUGUACAGAGAAAAUGACUCAAUUGGCGCAGAGAGCCUGGUAAGGUUCUGGACAGGCGCGAAGAGGUGGGCUGGCGAGGGCAAAGGCGGGUGGCUGAGUGAGAGGAGGAAAGGAACGGGAGGGAAGUUGGGAGAGUGA